UUUCGUAGUGAGGACGAUGAUGAGUGGCAAUGUACUCUGAAUGUUCAACUUCCUCACCCUGCACAAGGCCAUACAUUGAAACCCGAAUAAUAAUUGGUAGAAAUGUGUGCGAGACUGUCCAGGGAGUUCAACAAAAUUAUUGAUGACGUCGAUGUGUCGCAUAAAUGCCUGCAAGAUUCUUUGGAGUAAGGUGAAGCUAAUAAUUGAGUUCUCAAAAUGUUGUCCUAAGGACAACGAUCUUCAAACAAUGGCCAAAGGACGAUUUUAAAGAUGGAGAAAGUGUUGAAAUGGUUCUCCUAAUAUCGAAUAAUCUGUGACGCUGAACAUGAGACGUGAAGAAAAGAAAUUUUUGGGAGAGUGAAUUUGGACAGGUGUGCUGGCCGCUUCUUUAAUUCAAUGUGUGGAGAAUAACAUUAAUUCAUCAGGGCAAAUUGGAAACAUUUUAAAGAAAUUCUGUGGAAAUUGGGAUCUCUAAAUGCUAUUUGGAGCAUAAAGUGGCUAGUGAAAGAUGAAAAUUGCAGUUUUCGAUGCUUUCUGCAUAAGGAGUUAGGUAUCGAUUUAUCCCGGGACAUUUCUCCGGGGAAAAAUGUGAUUGUUUUCUCCUUGGAUGUUGAAAAUUAUACAACAAAUUUCUAUGAAUGAGCCACCAAGGAAAAAUUAGAACACUCUUCGCGAAAUCAUUCAUCAUGAUGAAUUUCUUCCUAAUUUGCUGCCUGGUUAUAGUUUCCCUUUCGAUAUUCCCCACGAAGACACAAUGUGCUCCUGAAAAGAGGGACCUGGAACCUUCAAUGGGUGAAAUUUGGCAAGAGGAUGAUCAUGAGGUGCUCAUAAGGAAUGAACGUGGCACAAAGAAUGGCAAUGCAUCCGGCGGAAUGGCCAGUGGUAAGAGAGGAAAUCCCAGCAAAAAUAGUAGAAAAGAAAAACCCAAAGAUAUCCUCUCGAGUGAAAAGCAGAUGCAGAGAUCCUGCCGAUAUGUAAAGAGUGCUUGGAGCGAAUGUGAUGCUAAAACAAAUCAACGGUCACGGACACUGACCCUAAAGAAGGGCGAGGAAGGAUGCGUCCAAACCCGAACCAUUCAGAAGAAAUGCAAAAAGGCAUGUCGCUAUGAGAAAGGAGCCUGGUCAGAGUGCAUAGGUGGAAAAAUGUCCCGCUCAGAUAAAUUAAAGGCUACAAGUGAUGCUGCGUGCGAAUCAACUCGCGUUGUUAAUAAGAACUGCAAUCCAGCAAAGAACAGCAAGAGUACUGGUAGUGAGAAGAACACCAAGGAUCAACGCCAGAAGAAUAUUAAAGAUAAAGGAGGACGUAAGAGUCGUGCUUAAGAAUUUUUUUCUCAAAAAUAAAAAAGCGCCACUUCUCAAAAUAAUUGACUUCUUUGAAUAAAAUACAAUCCAUUUAGAAUAGAACCCCGCCACAUGAUUAAAAAUUAAAUAAAAUUGUAAUAUUUUAAGAUGGAACAACCACCAGAGAAAAUUUUAUUAAACUACCGCAACACCGAGGAAAAAUUCUUGGAUGAUAAUUCUACAGGUAACAAAAUUGAGCUGAUGCUGAUAAUUUUGUUUAUCUUGAUGUUUUAUACUGAUUUUUUUGAGUAACUAAAACAAACAAAAAAGAAUAAUAAUGUAAAAUUUAAUCAGUGUAAUUUUUUGUACAAAGAGUAAUGAUGACAGAGAAAACUUAAAAAAAAAUAUCCAAAUUUUGCGAGAAUAAGGAAUGAAAAAAUUACUCAAAUGGCUCUCUUUUAUAUUGACACUUUUUUUUAUCUUUCAAACUUAUUCUCUCUAAUUAGUGAUUAAUUACAAUAAACGAAAAUUUCAAGAUUUUUAUUAAAUACUUCUGAUUUUUCAAAAAGAAGUAGUAAGACGAAGUUAGAAAUAUUAACUUUUAACUUCUUAAAAAAUAACAAUAUGCAACAGUUAUUUCAUAUUUAAGGUCUCAUGCAAUUCUUUGUUGUUAUUCAGGUUCAAUGACUUACGAAAAUGUUUAUUUUAUUAAUUUAAAAUUUCGUUUUCGUCCGCAAGGCAAAUUUGUUUAAUCUAUUUUUUAUGCUUAGGUGACUAUAGCCACCACUUUAAUAAACCAAUUUAUUUCUUCACUGAGGGAAAAUAUCCCGUUUUAAAAACGAAAGGAUCAAAAAUUGGGGGUCAGAAAAAGAUCACUUCUAAAAUUUUUUAGAGGAAAACAUAACUUUAGAAUGCCGUAGGAAAAAAAUUUUUAGAACACCCGUGUUCUUAUCAUCCUUAAAGUGUUAUAAGCCUUUAUUUUUAAAUUAUCUUUUAUUAGAUUUUUUUCUAACUUUAUUUAUAUAGGUACCAACAAAAAUCGAACACUUACCAACGUCUUUCAUGUUCUAUAGACGAGAGAAUUUUGGUCGCACGAACGCCUUCAAGUUUUUCUUAAUAAAGAAUAAAAUUAAUUCAAUAAAAUUCAGGCUAUUGUCACUAGUGGCCUCCACACACUAGAGAAAUUUAGUCUAUAAGAACUUCCCCUUCAACAACGUAGGGAAUUUGCUUCAAUAUGGACAUGAAUUUCUCUAGUGUGAAGAGGCCAUAAGGUAUCAUGUAUUGAAAAAAAUUGCAUAAAUAUUGCGGGCAUAAACUGAAAUCAAAAUAAUAAUUUUUUCAUAAAUCCAUUGAAGUCUAUCAACAAAACAACUCAUGAUUUAUGACCAACGCGCAAUAAUUUUUGUUUGUAAACAUGUUUUCAAGACUUUCUAUGAGAGAGAGCGAGAUGACUAGAUCUACAUUUCAUUCAACCUCAUCGAAAUUUCAAAAACAUAUUUACAAAACAAAAAUUAUUGUACGCUGGGCAUUUGACCUUAAUCACAGAGAAAAAUAUUGAAAUUGUUGCAUAAUGAAAAAAUAGAUUUACAAAUGAAUAAGCGAAUAGAAAUAGACAUUAAAAA